AUGAACAUAGCAUCAUGUCAGUGUCCAGCUCAUAGCCACAAAGGAAAUGUUCAAGUUUUAAAUUCUACUCCUCUGAAAGAUUAUGCCUUUGAGAUAAAAUGUUCCACAAUACGAUAUGGAUUGGGCGUGACACGGGAAGUGGGAAUGGAUUUAGUAAAUUUAGGUGCGAAGAAUGUCUGCAUUAUGACAGACCCUAAUGUGGUGUCACUCAGUCCUAUGAAAGCGGUUCUUGAUUCUCUUGUUAAAAAUGGAAUUAACUAUAGUGUUUAUGAUAAAGUACGGGUUGAGCCAACCGAUACAAGUUUUAAGCAUGCAAUAGAUUUCGCAAAGAAUGGUAUGUUCGAUAGUUAUGUCGCAGUAGGCGGCGGCUCGGUGAUGGACACGUGUAAAGCUGCCAACUUGUUCGCCUGUGACCCAGAAGCGGAGUUCCUCGAUUAUGUCAACCUGCCUAUAGGCAAAGGAAAGCCUGUUACGGUGCCACUGAAGCCUAUGAUUGCAAUACCCACAACAAGCGGUACGGGAAGUGAGACGACAGGGAUGAGUAUAUUUGAUUACGAAGAAAUACAUGCAAAAACAGGAAUAUCCCACACUGCUUUAAGACCUUUAUUGGCAUUGAUAGACCCCCUUCACACAUUAAGCGUACCCCAAACGGUGGCGAACUACUCAGGUUUCGACAUCUUCUGCCACGCUUUGGAAAGUUUUACUGCAAUUCCGUAUACUGAGCGAGGCCCAGUACCUGAAAAUCCUGCAUUGCGUCCGGUAUAUCAAGGCAGUAAUCCCAUUUCAGAUGUUUGGGCCCGAUUUUGCCUUCAGUGCCUUCAUAAAUACUUCGCUCGUUCGGUGUAUAACGCGGACGAUCUGGAGGCUCGUUCCUCUAUGCACCUAGCAGCAACAAUGGCGGGUGUGGGCAUUGGAAACGCCGGGGUGCAUAUAUGUCACGGCCUUGCUUACCCGAUCGCUGGAAAUGUGAAGAACUUUGUGCCCAAGGAUUAUGGAGCAGAGCCUAUAGUACCACAUGGAUUAGCCGUGGUAUUAACAGCGCCGUCAGUAUUUCGCUUCACGGCGGCUAGUGACCCUGACAAGCAUUUGGAGGCAGCGAGCAUUUUAGGCGCUAACAUCAUCGGGAAGAAACGUGAAGACGCGGGCAAAGUGUUGUCCGACACAAUUUUGAAGUAUAUGGACAGAAUGAAAAUUGAAAACGGGUUGAGUGCAAUCGGUUACACCACUCAAGAUAUACCUCAGUUGGUUAAAGGAGCGUUACCACAGCAUCGUUUAUUGAAGAUAGCUCCAGUGCCGCAAUCCGAAGAAGAUUUAUCGAAAAUACUGGAAGAUUCACUGACGCUCUACUGA